AUGGUCGGUACGAUGCCACUACCUUGGCUCGUGGCGCUGCUUUGCAGCCUAUUGACCCUUGGUGAGGUGGUAUUCUCACUGCCCAGCAGCAGCAGCAGCAGUAGUAGUAGCAUCGGCAGCAGUGGGAGCUAUCCGGUGUUCGGUACCAAGCGGUACGCUCGCUCGAACUUAAUUCCUUCGAGUGACUACGGCGGCCAGGCUAUGUCCCUGCCGGUGUAUCACCUGCCGAACGUUCGCUACUACGAUGCACCGGUUCCGGCGCAGUACUUCCCGUAUGCACCGUAUCAUCCACCGACGAGCAGCGACUACUACGAUGACACCGGUUACUAUGGCGACACGAGCAAGAGCUACUACUAUGUGCCACAGCCGCAGCACCGUCGAUACCAACGCAACAACGAGCGUUAUACCUCGUACGGAUUGCCGACAUACCGAGGAGAAUACAAACCAACACCGUACUACUAUGCGCACGGCCCGAGCUACAGCUACACGGAUGAUCACGAGCCCAGCAACCCGCUGGAUGAUCUGCACGAGGAAAUGCUGCAAGAGGACGAACGAGAACGCGCCCGCGACUACUACCCUGUGGGACAGGAGCAGUGGUACGAGAGUCCAGCUCGUCAGGAUUCAGCCUUCUUGCGCAACCUGAUUCUGUACAACAGCCAGCUGCAGAAUUUUGGAGGCGCUCGUGGUCGUCCGUUGCCGCCUUUGGACGUGUCCAACGAAGAGGAUUUUGAGGAGUACGACGACACCGAACCGGACUACGAGUAUGACGCACCCCUCGCUGACGCACGCUCAGGAUAUGGCAGCUACUAUGGCAACGGAUAUCCCAGUGAAGAAUCCCUGGGUUAUGUGCCUAGUGGAGGUAGCUCGUCCGCAGGCCGAAAUGCGUUCAGCAAAUUGACCAGCUUCCGCAACAGCAUGGCAAAGAACCAGAUCGACGAAGAUGACGAAGAGGUGCAGGAGCUAAAGUCACUGAUACACCAGCAGAAGGGCAGCAGUCCCGGACAACGGUUGUCCCCGGUGCUGAUGGAUAAGAUGUCUCCCUUCGUGUUGAAGGCGCAACAACCGGCGAAGGCUCCCCAACAGUACCAACAAUCGGAACAAAACCGCCAACAGCAGCAACUGCUGCAAAGACAAUCUAAACAGCAGCUACAGCACUUGCAGCCUUCGCAACAGCAAUGGCAACAGGAGCAGCAACUUCUGCAGCAGGCUCAGCUGCAACAAGCUCAGUUGCAGCAGGUUCAACAGCAGCAGAAACAGCAGCAACUGCAGAAGGAACAGAAGCAACAGCAACUACUACGAACGCUCUCCUCGGACUACCAGCAGGCGUACGAAACAGACAACUGGCAGAAGGACAGCCCGAGCUACAACGCGUACGAUUACGAAGGCGACGAGUAUGACGACUCCUGGAGCCACUGGGACCGCAAGCGCAAUGUUCAGCCGAAGAAAGCGACCUUCGCUGGCAAGGACACACUCGCAUCGCCCUCAACGACAAAGCAACCGAAGAAGACGAUCGCCAGUUCUACACUGGCUCCGGCCACUGUGAAACCCGCCACGACUUCGAAGCCCGGUAACGGCCAGAAGGAGGUAGUGCUGCCGAGACCGACCAACCCGAGAAACCUGUUUGCCGCACAACUCAUCCACGCCGUCGAUGAAACGCGCAUGGAAUUGGGUUCGCCAAAGAACACAGCUGAAGGCUCGAAGCUCAAAGAGGCUAAGUCGAGCAAGAUCUACGAUGCCCUUAAAGCCAUGAUGAACAUGCGGCAGGAUCAAGAGGAUGCCGAUCUACGCCAGCAGCUGGAGCAUCAGAAGCAGCUUGCCCACAUUCACAAGCGUUUCGUUUCCAACGAAGGAUCACUCGUACAGCAGCUGGAUGGAUUAAAGCGGUCGGCUUAA